AUGGAUCCAAACUCAACUUAUUUGUUGGAAAUUAAGUUUCUUGGCAAUCCAAAAAAGGUCAGAAAGGAUGUCCGUUGUUUUUGCUUUGAUAAGGUUGUUGACAGUGAUACAACAAAUUUGAAAGACUUGGUCGAUGAGAUCACAGAUAUGUAUCCACCAGGUUAUCUAGAAGUAGCACAUGUUCAGUACUACGAUGCAGAUUUGAAAAGCUUCCCAGUAGUUAAUACCGACCAAGAGUUGAUGUUAAUGUUUCAGAAACAUAUUGACAGCAAGGUUGUGCACAUGUUCAUUGCAUACAGUGAUCCAUCAGGAUGCUAUGAGCCUAUCAUUGAGUGGGAGGGUUAUCCUAGUAAUAGCAACCAAUUUUCUGAGCCAACCAUACCUAGCAGCAGCACACAAGCUUAUGAGGAAACAUCUACAGAAAAUCCAAUCACCGGGAAUGAACAUGUUGGUGUUGAUGAAGAGGGUCUGUAUCUAAAGAUCAACCCUGUGAAAAGGAAUCAAUUUGCUCAUAGCUGCUCAAGCAGUCAAAGGAGUACGAAAGUGAAGAAUGCAACCAAAUUUUGGAUAUGCGAGAAGGUGAAGGAUUGGCUCAUUGCAGAUCCUUGUAUUGGAGCAAAAGCAUUGGAGAAGAAGCUUAAAGAGCACUACAAGGUGAAGAUCAAUUACAAGAGAGUUUAUGCGGAGGGGUUCCUAAAUGGCUGCAGGCCAUACUUGGCAAUUGAUAGCACCUUUUUAACUGGCAAGUACAAGGGACAGUUUGCUAGUGCCACCGCUAUUGACGGCCAUAAUUGGAUGUAUCCAGUAUGUGUCGGUGUUUUUGCUUCUGAAGAUAAUGAAAAUUGGAUCUGGUUCAUGGAAAACCUUAGGCAAGCUACUGGAUCACCAAGGGGGUUAGCUAUAUGCACAGAUGCAGGACAGGCAGUGAUGAAUGGGGUAACAACUAUUUAUCCAGAAGCAGAACAUAGGGAAUGCAUGCAUCACUUGGUUACCAACUUCAAGAAGAGGUAUACUGGCAAAGUGUUUGAUGACAACCUUUGGGCAGCAGCUUACUCAUGGAACCCGUACUUGUUUGAGAAGCAUUGGGCUGCUAUGGAUAGAGAAAAGCCUGCUGCAACUGCAUAUCUAAGAACUUGUCAUACUAAGUUGUGGACACGGAGUCAAUUCUCAACCAUAUGCAAGGUAGAUUAUGUGACCAACAAUUUGGCUGAGUGUUUCAAUAACUGGAUUAAGCAGCACAAGGGCAUGAAUUUGGAUGACUUGUUAGACAAGCUUAGGCAAAUGCUCAUGGUGAAAUGGAACCACAGGAGGAAAAUCUCUAGACAGUUCGAAGGCUUGAUCCUGCCCCACAUUAUUAAGCAUUUGAAUGAGAAGAGUAGAGAACUAAACUUGGAGGUUAUUGAAUGCUCCGAACAUGUUGCUGAAGUUACUGCAUUGGGAGGUAGUGGCUUUAGGUUUGUGGUGAACUUACAUGAGAAGACAUGUUCUUGUAGACAAUGGCAAAUUUCUGGCAUUCCUUGCAAACAUGCUAUUGCAUUCAUUACCUCACUUAAUGUGCCUCUAGAGAACCAUGUGGACAUGUAUUACUCAGUUGAAAAAUUUAGAUUAGCUUAUGCUCAACUAAUCCCAGCUAUGGAGGACAAGUCACAGUGGCCUCAAUGUUGCCAUGGGUUUUUCAUGCAUCCACCUUUGUUAAAGGCCACAGCUGGUAGGAGAAAGAUAGAAAGAUACAAAGGUUGUACGGAGAAGACAAAGAAAGGACAGCACAAAUGUCCUAUCUGUAAAGAUUAUGGGCAUCACUGGCCAAGUUGCAAGAAGGGCAACCCAGAGGAUAUUGCAGCAUUGCUGGCUGUGAGGUAA